GCGUGAGCCACUGCACCUGGCCGACUGCCUAUUUUUCUGCUUAGGUUCUAUGAAGAAUGUGUAGCAAUGAGAUGGAACACUGCGUAGAUUUAAAGGGAGCAGACUGGGUGGGGGAGGGGAGCCAGCCUGCCCAGACUUCCUGGUAACAUUCCUUCCUCCAGGGUAUGGGCAUGACCCUCCCGGAAUGAGGGUCUUCAAGGGAGCAAGCAGAAGGUGACCUUUGCUGGCUUUGCGGCUUGUUUUAGGGGAGAAGGGCUCCAGUUUCUCUGACCUGGCUUGGGGAAGAGGAAUUCUGGUUUCUAUGGUUUCCAGGGCAGAAAGGGGCUAGAGGCAGGAGGGCAGGAGAAGGUCAGAGAGACUCACUUCUGAGCUUUCCGAUGUCCUGCUCAAAGCGCCCAGCAGGCCAAGGCCCCAUACUUGGGGGAGUUGUGUGUUCUGAACCCCAACCAUCUCAUGCAUAGAUGUGAUUGAUUAAACUAUUGGUCGCUGGUGAUUGAGUUGAAUGUGUAACCAAGAACCAGGGACAAAUACUGAAUAUUCUUUCACAUUCCCUACCCCCAGCCCUCAGGGUCUUCCCUAGUCCCCAAACUGCCUCCCACGUGGCUACUUUUUCAUCUGCCACUUUUUCAAGCUCAGGUGGCUUGGCCUGUAGUUUUCUUUCAGCGAACUCCUCUUCAUGUCUCAAAACCCUUGCCAGCAGCCCCCUCAUCUGGGAAGCCUGCCUUGGAGGGGCCCUGCCUGUGAGUUCCCUCCCACUGGGGAGGGGGGUGUCCCAGUCCACUUCCAACUCCCACAGACUGGGGCCCCUUCAGGGUGAGGCCUGGAACCAGAGUCUUAAGCCCCCAUUCUCCAAGGUCAGGCCCUGUCUCCUGCAAACGUUCCCAACUAUCCACCUUUUGGGCCAGCUCCAGUGGUGGAAACUUUCCGGCCUCCAGGCGCUUGUUUUGGAAAGUUCCUGGGGGAGCUGCCCCGGCCUGCCCGCUGGGUUCCCACGCUCCCUUAUCAGCACAUAUGAGGGGGGUGCCCUGCUGUGUAGGCCUCAUUCUUCCCUUGCCUCAGCCCUGCCCUUGUGCCUGUCCCCUCCUCUUCCCAGUGAACAGCCUCCCCCUCCGGCCCACCCCUGCCAAGCCCUCCUGCUGCAGGUGGGGAAACAGGCCAAACAGGCCCCAUGGGACAGAGUGGUUUCGUCCCCCCUGAGAUGGAUGGGGGUGGGCACAGGGAGCCAGGAGAUGGGAGUGCCCGGUAGGUGCUGCUGCCCAUGAAGUGGAGUAGGUGGCAGCGUGGCUCCGAGGAGAUUCUGGCUUUGGAGUUCUGGUCCUCUGCCUCAGUUUCCCCUGCAGUCUCUCUGACCCAGAACCUCUACCCCCUCCCCCGGAGGCCCAGCUUCCCUGCCCAGCUCCACCCCGACUUGUGGCUCAGCUCCUGCUUAUCCUCAUUGUCCUCUUGUAAAGGCGGAAUAGGCAGCCAUGUGCCCCUGAGGACUGCGGAGCGAGCGAGGUGAACCAAUACUCGCAGCGCUCGAGGACGCCCGGCUACUUCCGCCAGACGGGGACCCGAUGGCUGCGGUGGCUCCGGGUUGCGCCUCGAACCCGGGUCUCCAGACGAUGGGCCCCUCCCCCACAGGCGCGGGAGAGGCGGGGGCGGGGGUGGGGGCGGAGCGGGGGCGGGGCCGGAGCGCUUUUCUCCGGAGGUCGCGCGCCCGAGAGCCCGCGCUGUCCGCUGCCGCUGCCUGAGCCGACUCCGCGCCGCCCGCUGCGAUGGAGGCCGCCGCCCAGUUCUUCGUCGAGAGCCCGGACGUGGUCUACGGCCCCGAGGCUAUCGAGGCGCAAUACGAGUACCGGACGACGCGCGUCAGCCGCGAGGGCGGCGUCCUCAAGGUGCACCCCACGACGAUGCGCUUCACCUUCCGGACCGCCCGGCAGGUGCCCCGGCUCGGGGUCAUGCUUGUCGGCUGGGGCGGGAACAACGGCUCCACGCUCACCGCCGCGGUGCUGGCCAACCGACUGCGUCUGUCCUGGCCCACGCGCAGCGGCCGCAAGGAGGCCAACUACUACGGCUCGCUGACUCAGGUGGGCACCGUGAGCCUGGGCUUGGACGCCGAGGGCCAGGAGGUGUUUAUGCCCUUCAGUGCACUGCUGCCCAUGGUGGCGCCCAACGACCUCGUGUUUGAUGGCUGGGACAUCUCGUCGCUGAACCUCGCCGAGGCGAUGCGGCGCGCGAAGGUGCUGGAUUGGGAGCUGCAGGAGCAACUGUGGGCGCACAUGGAAGCCCUUCGGCCUCGGCCUUCCGUCUACAUCCCCGAGUUCAUCGCGGCCAACCAGAGCACGCGCGCGGACAACCUCAUCCCGGGCUCGCGCGCGCAGCAGCUGGAGCAGAUCCGCAAGGACAUCCGAGACUUCCGGUCUAGCACGGGGCUGGACAAAGUCAUCGUGCUGUGGACGGCCAACACAGAGCGCUUCUGUGAGGUGGUUCCAGGCCUCAACGACACGGCCGAGAACCUGCUGCGCACCAUUGAGCUUGGCCUGGAGGUGUCUCCCUCCACACUCUUCGCCGUCGCCAGCAUCCUGGAGGGCUGUGCCUUCCUUAAUGGGUCCCCGCAGAACACCCUGGUGCCCGGAGCUCUUGAGCUCGCGUGUCAGCGCCGGGUUUUCGUGGGCGGAGAUGACUUCAAGUCUGGCCAGACCAAAGUCAAGUCUGUGCUCGUGGACUUCCUCAUCAGCUCUGGCCUCAAGACCAUGUCCAUCGUGAGUUACAACCACCUGGGCAACAACGACGGGCAGAACCUGUCGGCACCGUUGCAGUUCCGCUCUAAGGAGGUGUCAAAGAGCAACGUAGUGGACGACAUGGUGCAGAGCAACCCCGUGCUCUAUACGCCCGGCGAGGAGCCCGACCACUGCGUGGUCAUCAAGUACGUGCCGUACGUGGGCGACAGCAAGCGCGCGCUGGAUGAGUAUACGUCGGAGCUGAUGCUGGGCGGGACCAACACACUGGUGCUGCACAACACGUGCGAGGACUCCCUGCUGGCCGCACCCAUCAUGCUAGACCUGGCGCUGCUGACCGAGCUGUGCCAGCGCGUGAGCUUCUGCACUGACGCCGAUCCCGAGCCGCAGACCUUCCACCCUGUGCUGUCCCUGCUCAGCUUCCUCUUCAAGGCGCCGCUGGUGCCGCCGGGCAGCCCGGUGAUCAAUGCGCUUUUCCGCCAGCGCAGCUGCAUCGAGAACAUCCUCAGGGCCUGCGUGGGGCUCCCGCCACAGAACCACAUGCUCCUGGAGCACAAGAUGGAGCGCCCAGGGCCCAGCCUCAAGCAAGUUGGACCCCUGGCUGCCACCUGCCCUGUGUCAAACAAGAAAGGACCGGUACCUGCUUCCACCAACGGCUGCACCGGUGAUGCCAAUGGGCACCCACAAGUGGAGGAACCCCAGAUGCCCACCACCUGAGGCCCCUGUCAGUCACACAGCUUCCCAGCCCUUCCUCCCCGCUGUCCCCCAGGACCCCACCUUUCCAGGCUGCCCCAAAGACAAUAAAGCUGCUGCCACUCUCAGCUGUCCUUCCACCUGG